AGCCCGGUCACACGCCCGCCCGCUCGAGUCCUGAGCGGACCCUGCCCGCGUCCGCCCCGGGCCCGCGCUACCCCGCGCGCCGCCAUGGAGCGCAUCGAGGGGGCGGCCGUGGGCCGCUGCGCAGCCUCGCCCUACCUGCUGCCGCUCACGCUGCACUACCGCCAGCCCCGGUUGCCCUUUCGGUGUCUCUGGUGCUCAGAUCCAUGUGUGUUUCAUGGCUCGGACGGGGCCUCAAGUGUGGGGCCAGCAGCUCGCCAGGGCGCAGGGCUGACCCAGUGGCUGAGCAAGCCGGUGAAUGGUACCCAGAAGUCGUGGGACUUCAUGAAGACCCAUGACAGUGUGACCAUUCUCAUGUUCAACUCUUCUCGAAGGAGCCUGGUGUUGGUGAAGCAGUUCAGGCCAGCUGUGCACGCUGGCGAGGUGGAGCGCCUCUUCCCGGGGUCCCUGGCCGCCGCGGACCAGGACGGGCCCCGGGAGCUGCAGCCGGCACUGCCUGGCUCGGCAGGGGUGACAUACGAGCUGUGCGCCGGCCUCGUGGACCAGCCCGGGCUCUCGCUGGAGCAGGUGGCCUGCAAGGAAGUGUGGGAGGAGUGCGGCUACCACCUGGCCCCCUCCGGCCUGCGCCGGGUCGCCACGUACAAGUCUGGUGUGGGACUGACCAGCUCCAGCCAGACCAUGUUCUACGCAGAGGUGACAGAUGCCCAGCAGGGUGGCCCAGGCGGGGGCCUGGCGGAGGAGGGCGAGCUCAUUGAGGUUGUGCACCUGCCCCUGGAUGGUGCCCAGGCCUUCGCCGAUGACCCGGAUGUUCCCAAGACCCUCGGCGUCAUCUUUGGUAUCUCGUGGUUCCUUAGCCAUGUGGCCCCUGGCCUGGGUCCCCAGUGAAACUCCAGGCGGUCUGGACGAGCCCAGUUCUGGACACCUGCUCCGCAAACCUAAUAAAGGCUGGUGUAGCUCUA